UUUUUUUAUAGCUAUGUACUUGCACUUGUAGAGAAGUUAAAAAAUAAAUAUUCACCUAAUGCAGCUAACAAUACGUUUACUAAGAUUAACAAGUUACCGCAGAUAAAAAUGGAACUUUUAUGUAUUUUAAUAUCACUUGCCUUGGUAAAUAAUUUGGUAGCUGCGUUAGAUGAAUAUCAUAAGCAAGUUAUCAUAACCAACCAACAUAUCCAGCGUGCAGGAGUGCGAUUGCCGGAAAUCAUUAGAAACAUUGUUCGCAGACCUUCUUCGAUGAAGAAAAUGGCUCUUAUGUUGGCAGCACCGGAAAGUGAAAACGAAAACAUUGAAGAGAAGUUAUGGUACCAGAGUUGUUUGCAAACAGAAAUAAUAGAAGCCACUGGUAUCAAUGUACCUGAGAUAAACGAAGGAGAUUAUAAAAACUUUGAUCUGGCAGAUUUUGGACGUAAAAGAAGAAAUAUGACUGGUCCAGCUGUAAAGGCUUUUAUCCGUAGUCUAAUACGCGGAGACACCAAUUUCAAUGUGGAUUUUUCAAAUUAUAGUAUGUGCCGUUUAUUAGGAUUGUUCAAUAGUAUACGACACCCAGAAGUUUAUGUAGACAAUGCUAUUCUCGAUAUUAAUAGAGUUUGUUUCCUAUUACAUCUGGACAUGAAUAUUAUUAGAUACAAAACUAUUAACGGCAUUAUUUGGCAAGUUCACGCUGACUUAACUCCAUUUCAGCAACUUUCUGUGCAGAUACAAUUUUAAGGACAACCUAUUCUAUAGUAUAACUAUUAUCGUUGUUGUAUAUAAAUUGUUUUUACAUACCUUCUUCUAUUCAAAUUGUCAAUUAAUUUUAUGCAUUUAACAAUAAACCGUUUUAGUCACGAUUAUAAGCCCAUUUGUUGCUCGUUUGAAAAGAUUUUAAGAGGUAUAGUAGAUAGUGGGUAUUUUAUACCUUGUCUGCAUUGUAAUAGAAAUCAUAAAUAAUGUAAUGUAUAAUUGCGAAAAUGUUUUUGUUUUUGUAAAUAAUAAAAUCUUAAUAGUUUGUAGUAAAUCUGAUAGAUGUUAUCUGCUAUUACUUGUUUACAUUGCCAUAGGCUUUGUGAAA